GCUCGGGCAGGGUGGGUGUUUGUUUCGAUUUCAUUUCUUCUCUUGCAGAAAAUCGAAUCAAUUGAUGGAUGCUUUAGUUUCGUGUAGUUAUUGAGUUGUAUGCUAGAAAUUUCAUAUCCGCAGGGGCAGAGAGUAGAAGGAAGAAGAGAGAAAGAGGGAAGCUGCUGCUGAAACGUAAUCGAUCUUAUAUCUACACUCUACCAUGGACACUGAUGAUGAUUUCACAUUUUGUCAGGUCAGUGCACCUGUUGAUCUUGAAACAAACAAGCUUGCUUCAGAUAUAGCUGAUAUUUCCAUUGAAGAAGAAUCUUCAAAUGCAACUAAUACUACUCAGGAUAGUGCUUUACCCAAUCAGAAGGAGGCUACUGUUGGUUCUUUGUCUUUCACUGUAACUAGCACAGCUUCUAGUCGGCCAAGUGAAUCAACCACAAAAUUAGUACCAACUCAGGCUAACAACUCGUCUCUAAAGUCACCGGCACAGAAGAAUUCCGUUAAGAAGCCAACGGUUCGGGCUAAAGUUCCUUUUGAGAAAGGCUAUAGUCAAAUGGACUGGCUCAAGCUCACCCAAACACAUCCUGACCUUGCAGGUCUGAAAGGGCAGUCAAACAAGAGACUUAUUUCUAUGGAUGAAGUUAGAAAACACCAGACCGAGGGCCAAAUGUGGACUGUAUUAAAAGGCCGUGUUUAUAAUAUAUCUCCAUACAUGAAGUUUCACCCUGGAGGUGUUAAUAUGUUGAUGAAGGCAGUGGGAAAAGAUUGCACAUCUCUAUUCAAUAAAUACCAUGCUUGGGUUAAUGCUGAAUUCUUAUUGGAAAAAUGCUUUGUGGGUACCUUAGAUGAAGGUCAGUGAAGAUUUCAUUCUAAUAAUGCAUAAACACAUGAAGAUACCCUUGGCUCCAAUCCGUUAUACCUCUUCAUGGGCCCUCUCUAUUUACUGACCAGAGGCCAUCAAGCAAGGAGGAAUAAAUUCUGUAGGUAUACACGUUUCUGUUUAAAGAUCUCAAUGGGAGUUUGUUCUACAAUUAUGGAUGAUUACAGUUAUCUUGUAAACUAGAAAUUUGGAUUAACAAUGUAACAAUUCAUGAGUGAUUGUUGACUCUGUUAAUUUAUAUGAAAUCAGAGCUCAAGGGUAAGAUGGUAUUCUCUGUG